ACAGAGGGUGGAAGGGCGGGAGGGAGGCUCGAAACCCGGCAGCCGGAGAAGAAGAUGAACAACCCCAAGUCAAACCCCCAGGCCGAGUGGACCCCGAACCGCCCCCAGGGCGCCAGGAGCGGCCUCCGCGGCAGCCACCAACCGCGAUAGCCGCCUGCGCUGCCCGCGGCGGGGGACGAGGGCGGCGGGAGUCGGGACCCGGGCUCCGUGCCACCUGCGCGCGCGGCCGCACACCUGGGCGCUGUCCUCCCGCGGACGAGACCUGCGGGCUCGUUAAAGCUGGGACUCGCCUUUGAAGGAAGGAAAGAAAAUCAAACAAGGAAAUCUAAGACCUGUCUUCACGGACAGAUCCCGCUGCCUCUUUUUUCCAAGCUUUUGAAAGCUGGCCACUCGGACCUCAGCUCUGAAAGACUGGCAGUCACAGGGACCUGACUCGGAGAAGCCGACGACUUGGCAAGUCUCAGACUGAGCGGGACAAGGGUGAAGGCAAGUUAGAGGCGGGUCCGGGACAUCUGAGGCCUGACCCUGGGGGCUCACGGAGCUGCCACCGCCGCGGCCGCUACAGACCCAGCCUCCAGCACCAAGGCUGCGCACCGCCAGCCACCAUCAUGUCCACUCCCGAGGUCAAUGCGUCCGCCUCCUUAAUCCCCAGCCGGCUGAACAGCCCGGUGACCAUCCCCGCAGUGAUGUUCAUCUUCGGGGUGGUGGGCAACCUGGUGGCCAUCGUGGUACUGUGCAAGUCGCGCAAGGAGCAGAAGGAGACAACCUUCUACACCCUGGUGUGCGGGCUGGCUGUCACCGACCUGUUGGGCACGUUGCUGGUGAGCCCGGUGACCAUCGCUACGUACAUGAAGGGCCAUUGGCCCGGGGGCCAGGCGCUGUGCGAGUACAGCACCUUCAUCCUGCUCUUCUUCGGCCUGUCCGGCCUCAGCAUCAUCUGUGCGAUGAGUAUCGAGCGCUACCUGGCCAUCAACCACGCCUACUUCUACAGCCACUACGUGGACAAGCGGUUGGCCGGCCUCACGCUCUUUGCCGUCUAUGCGUCCAAUGUGCUCUUCUGUGCGCUGCCUAACAUGGGCCUCGGGAGCUCCCGGCUGCAGUACCCGGACACCUGGUGCUUCAUCGACUGGACCACCAACGUGACGGCGCACGCCGCCUUCUCCUACAUGUAUGCCGGCUUCAGCUCCUUCCUCAUUCUCGCCACCGUGCUCUGCAACGUGCUCGUGUGCGGCGCGCUGCUCCGCAUGCACCGACAAUUCAUGCGCCGCACCUCGCUGGGCACCGAGCAGCACCACUCGGCCGCCGCCGCGGUGGCCUCCUCGGUCGCCUGCCGGGGCAACCCCGCCGCCUCCCCUGUCCUGCCGCGCCUCAGCGACUUUCGCCGCCGCCGGAGCUUCCGCCGCAUAGCGGGCGCCGAGAUCCAGAUGGUCAUCUUACUCAUCGCCACUUCCCUCGUGGUGCUCAUCUGCUCCAUCCCGCUCGUGGUGCGAGUGUUCAUCAACCAGUUAUAUCAGCCAAGUUUGGAGCGAGAAAUCAGUAAAAAUCCAGAUUUGCAGGCCAUCCGAAUUGCUUCUGUGAACCCCAUCCUGGACCCCUGGAUAUACAUCCUCCUGCGGAAGACAGUGCUCAGUAAAGCAAUAGAGAAGAUCAAAUGCCUCUUCUGCCGCAUUGGUGGGUCCCGCAGAGACCGUUCAGGACAACCCUGCUCAGACAGUCGAAGGACAUCUUCUGCCAUGUCUGGCCACUCUCGCUCCUUCCUCUCCCGGGAGCUGAGGGAGAUCAGCAGCACAUCUCAGACCCUCCUGCCAGACCUGUCGCUGCCAGACCUCAGUGAAAAUGGCCUUGGAGGCAGGAAUUUGCUUCCAGGUGUGCCUGGCACAGGCCUGGCCGAAACAGACACCACCUCACUGAGGACUUUGCGAAUAUCAGAGACCUCAGACUCCUCACAAGGUCAGGACUCUGAGAGUGUCUUACUAGUGGAUGAAGUUAAUGGGAGUAGCCAGGCUGGGCCUGCCCCGAAAGGGAGCUCCCUGCAAGUCACAUUUCCCAGUGAAACACUGAACUUAUCAGAAAAAUGUAUAUAGUAGCUAAGGAAAGAAAUACAGCACUGUUUCUGGAACCUUAUAAAACCCUGUGCAAUAGACGCAUAAGUGAUGCAUGUAGCUGUGCUCAGAAGGGCUAUCUCCAUCCCACAACUCACAUUAGAGAACAUCCUGGCUUUUGAGCACUUUUCAAACAAUCAAGUUGAUUCACAUGGGUCCCGAGGAUUGAAGCGCAUUGGUUGCUACCCUGCUAUGACACAGGAUUGUGGUCACAACUUGAUGGCUGGGAAGAUCUACUCUCAGUUUUGCUACUGGAUAGGAGGAUGGCAGAAGUUUGGCUAUUGUCAUAACAUCAAGAGCUUUAUAUCUGGCACACGGCCGAGGCCCAGAUACUGGAAGGGCUCUAAUUCCAAUAAACUAUGAGGACUACCUUAUGGAUGAUUUAAGUGUCUCACUAAAGCAUGAAAUGUGAAUUUUUAUUGCUGUAAAUAUGAUUUAAGGUAUUUAAAGUAUGUUCUUCUCUAUGAGAAGGUUUAUUGUUAAUACAAGGUAUAAUAAAAUUACGGUAAUCCCUCUCCUCCCAGUAUAACCAGCUGAAGUUGCAGAUGUUAGAUAUUUUUCAUAAACAAGUUCAGGCCAAGGUGUUGAAAAUUCACAAUAUGAUUAGUAUCUAUAAAAUAGAUAUAAAUUUUUUAAAGAGUUUAGUAUUAUCAAAGGAAUAAAGAAAAAAUACUAUUUAAGAUGUGAAAAUUAUAGUCCAAAAUAUUAAAGUUCUUUCCAAGCUAUGUAUAAAAUACAUAGUGAAAAUUUUUUAGUGAUAGUACAUUUAUUUAUCCAGAAAACUGUGAUUUCAGGAGAACCUAACAUGCUGGUAAAUAUUUUCAACUUUUUCCCCCACUAACUGGUACUUUUUAAAACAUAAACUUUUAAAAAGUCUUUCAUAAACAACCCUUAAUUGAAGUGUAUAAUAUAAAAAGUCUAAGCAGCUUGUUUUCCCUCCAAAAGUGUGCAUAGUUUUACUUACUUAAUGAAUGACCUAGAAUAUCCUUUAAAAUUUAACAGUAAGGCAAGUUGCACAAUAGAGACCUUUAUUUUGAAAUGUGGAAGGAUCUCAAAUGGUAGUUAAAUUAGCCUUUCAUGUAUGUCAAGAGUGCAGAAUUUGGGCACUUAAGGGUCACCUCCUAACAGUUUUGUGUAACACCCAGUGAUACUGUACACAUAUUUGAAGGAACUUUCUCAAAGAAAUAUUAAGCAUGUUUUGUUGCUCAAAGUGUUUGUGUGAAUUGCUUGGUUGUAAUUAAAUUCUGAGCCUGAUAUUGAUAUGGUUUUAAGCAGUUGUACCAACUGAAAUUAUUUUGGAGAUUAUAAUAAAUAAAUACAUUGAAUCUGAGUUCCAUAUCCUCAGUUUAAGAAAA